AUGACAUCUCCCGGAGUUCCUCCCGCCAGCGCAAACAACAGCAGCACAACAAUCAAGACCCGGUUCUGCAUCAUAUCCGACACACACACGCAAGCUCCGCUGCCCGUCCAGGCUGUGCAAGAUGCAUACCGCGAGCCUCUCCCCGCGGCAGACGUGCUCCUGCAUGCCGGCGACAUCACCAAGAUCGGAUAUCUCACCGAAUACGAGAAGAUGCUGGGCAUGCUCAAGGCCGCGGAUGCGGAGUUGAAGCUCGUCAUUGCGGGCAAUCACGAUAUCAGUCUAGAUGAAGAAUAUUAUGCCAAAUACGGAGAAACAAAGCACCGCUUCGUGACGGAAGAUGUGAAGAAGUGCCGACAACUCUGGACGAGCGAGGAGGCGAAGCAGGCGGGGGUUAUAUAUCUCGAGGAAGGCACGAACAGUUUUGAGCUGAAGAAUGGUGCCAAUUUUACGAUAUAUACCUCUCCGUAUACUCCCGAGUUCUGCAACUUUGCAUUCGCAUACGACCAUGACAUUGACCGGUAUAACCCUCCCUCUCACAUCUCUUCCAACACCGCAGACCCAAGCACAUCGGCAACAACAACGACGACGACCACAACAACGACAGCCACAAGUACAGGUAUCCCUACCAUCAAACGACGAACAGGCUACACUCCCCCCACGCCCGUCCCGUCUCAUCCUCAGAUCGACAUCAUGAUGACCCACGGCCCGCCAUACGGCCGCAUGGACGCGACCACGCGCGGAGAAAACGUCGGGUGUCCACAUCUCUUGCGCGCCGUAGAGCGGUGUAGGCCCCGAUUACACGUGUUUGGACAUAUCCACGAAGGAUGGGGCGCCGAGAGAGUUACAUGGAGCAAUAGUAGUACAGACGCUGAAACUGGUUCUUCCUCUUCUGCGUCGAGUGCUCCUGCUGCCGCCGGGAUCAAAAAUGUCCAGACGCUAGAGCAAGAUAGAAAGGAAGUGGUCCGGAACAGAUGCGCUCAAGUCGAUGUCAGUUCCUCGAGUGGCAAAGACCCGUUACGGUUCGGGCAGGAAACGCUCAUGGUCAAUGCGAGUAUUAUGAACGUGCGAUAUAGGCCGGUCAAUGCGCCGUGGCUGGUCGAUUUGGAUUUGCCCCGGAGUUAG